AUGAAUUAAAAUACAUCUGAAGUAUUUGUAUAUCUAAAAAAAAGAAAGGGCGAUGAGUCAUAUAGCUCCAAUGAUCUAAUGAAUAUUUCUGCUAAUUUAGAACCAAAUAUAUAAAAUAAUUUCGUUUAACCAUGCAGUGAUGGAACUAUAUAAAUUUUAGAUCAUAGUUACUAAAACUCUAUAGAGGUUUAACUUUAACAGAGUAUUUAUCCUAAUGAAAAUAAUAUAAAACAUGAUUGCAUUAUUGAGAGUGAUGAAUAAGACCGCUAGAGAGUAAAUACUAUCAUAUUAAGUGUACCUAUUCCAAAAACAGCAGCUUUUGAGUAAGUAGAAGUAGACUUAGCUGAAUAAGAUAAGAAUUAGAAAGUUAAUAUUGAUGAAUGUUUUUUGAAGCUUAAAAAAAUGCACAUUUAAUAUAAAACUGAAGAAGACUAAAAACUUGACUAUAACUUCUGUAAAUCUAAUUGCAACACAAAAGUUGGAUGUAGUGGAUGCUUUUACUCUUCAUAAGAGAAAUCGAGUUUAAACAAUCUUGGAAUAGCUAUCAAUAUUUAUUUUAGACAACUGAAAGGAUUAGUAUGGCUUACUCUGUUAUUUAUGCUCAUAUCUAUUCCAACAAUUGUUUUUUAUUCUAUGGCUGCUUCGAAAGGAGAUAUGUCAACCAUCAAUAACUAUAGCAGUUUUCUGGCUUACACAUUUGCAGGAGCUUGGGGAUAUGAUGUAUGGGAGUGUAAAAUGGGUACUUUUGAGAGCUUAAAUAAGUUUGACAGUGGAAAAUUACAAUGUGAUACAGGAGUAUUUGAUACAACCUUUAUGAGAUUUGGAAUUAUUGAUUAAAGUAACUCUGAAAAUUUUUUAGGAUGUGAAUUUGCUUAAGUUGAGAAUAUUGAUGAGAAUUGCCUUUCGAGCCCUGAAAAAUAUUUUACUGAAUUAUGUAAUAAUAAAACUCAGUGUUAGAUAGAUUUUAGUGAAAUGAUACAGAAAAGCUUUAAAUAGGAUGCUAAGUGUAAACAGUUUUUUCUUCAAAAUUAGAUAUAUUUAUCAUUUCCGUGUGCAAAUUCUAGUGUAGAUUUUGGUUCUUUUAAGAUUUAAAAAUCAGACCUUUCAAUAUAUUGUGUUAUUGCUGAUAAUAUAAUAUUUUUUAUAUUCUUGAUUGCUGUUUUUUCACUGACAUACAGUGAUUAGCUCACAAUAAAUUAAAUAACGAUGAAUAAUUGUAUGCCCGAGCAUUUUAGCAUUUUAAUCAGGAAUCUCCCUGACAUAGAACAAAAAUUUCUUGCCUCAAAAUUAUGGGAACAUCUAUAAAAUUAUUUAGAUUAGUAUUGCUAAACAAAUAAUAAAUAGCCCAUAAAGAUUAUUGAUAUUAAGCUUGGUUACAGAUACAGAUAAAUUAAAUGCUAAGUUUAGUAAGGAAAAAUAUAAGGAAAAUUAGAAAGAUUAAUUCAGUUCUUUCUAUAGGAAUAUGGUAAAUAAAAUUAAAAACUUAAAGACCUGAUUAAUGUUACAAUAAAUCAUUUGAGAGCAAUCUAUGAGCUCAUUUAAGAUAUUGACAUGAAAGAAAAAGCUAAUUUAGAUUUACAAAAAAUAAUAAACUUAAAACAGGAACUUUUUUCCUUGAGAACAAAAGAUUUUGAGUUUAAUUAAAAAAAAAAUAAAAUUGAUUACGCUUGGGUGACAUUUGAAACUAUGGAGCAAAAAUAAUAAGCAUGGAAUAUUUUAUAGACAUCUAAAAUAAAAUAUAUCUAUUAUACGAUAAUUUAUAAGUUUCAAGAGAGAUUCCAAAAAGAAAAAAAAAGUGAUAAUGAUUAAAUAAAAUAGCUUCACUUUAUGAGAAAAGUGUUAGUCCUUGAAACACCUUAUUCUCCAGAUAGCAUAAUUUGGCAAAAUCUUUAUUAUUCUAAAAUUAAUAUUUUCUUUAGAAUGCUGUUUUUAAUAAUAGCAUCAAUAGCUAUAGUUGUUAUUUCCUUCAUAGGUAUUGCAAUAUUAAGAUCAUUAGAUAGAUUGCUCACUGAUGAUUAUCCUUAAGCAAACUGCUAUUCUUCCUUUUUUUCUAACCUUACUCUUAAAUAUAUUCAAAAUUUACCUGAUACCAUACCUGAUUAUCAAAAAAAGGCUUAUAUUCAGUGUUUUUGCUGGAAAAGCAAUUACCAAUUCAAUCAAGACACAAAUUUAAAGUCUGUUUGCAGAGAUUGGUUUAUAAAUUACAUUGAGAAGCUAUCAAUACCUGUUGGUAUUGUUUUCGUUGUUUUUUUUGUGAAUUGGAUAUUUAAAAAAAUAUAUACUUCAUUUACGAAUUUGGAGAAAUAAGUCUAUUAAAAUAAAAGGAAAAAUUCUAUUAUCCUAAAACUAUUUACUAUUUCAUUCAUCAAUUCAGUUUUAGUGGUUUAUUUUAUUAAUAGAUCAUAAUAAAAUGUAGAUUAAGACUAGUCAUAGUUUAUGGUACAGGUAUUUGCUAAUGGAUAAUACUAUGAUUUAAAUUCAGAGUGGUACAGAAAUGUUGGAGUUAUUUAUGCAAUCACAAUAAUUACUAAAUGCUUUUUUGUUCCUUUAGAAAAACUGUUCUAUUAUGCAUAUAAAAAGUUUGAAAUAUGGAGAGAUUAAGGCUAUACAGCCAAUAUAAGAGCUACAAAAUGCAAGAGUAAUUAGGAAUUUAUAAAAUUAAGGAGAGGUCCAAAAUUCAAUUUAGAAAUCAGAUAUGCAUAAAGUUUAGAAGUUUUAUACUUAAUGAUGGUUUUUGGAUCAGGCAUACCUCUUAUGUAUUUUAUAACUUUUUUGUAUUUUUUAUUUACACUAAUGGCUGACAGAUACUUGAUAUUCAGUGUAUGCAGAAUCCCCAAACCUUCAGACGAAUAAAUGUCUUAGCUUUUUCAAAAAAUUCUUUAUUUCAGCUUCUUUCUUCAUUGGGUUGUAAGCUCCUUUACUUUUGGUAGUCCUUUGCUUUUUUAUGACAUUUAAGAUAAAAAAAGUUUAGACAAAUCUACAUCUGAGUAAGAGCCUUUUAUUUAUAAUAUUGUAGACAAUAGAUAUCUUAUACCCUAAUACUUUGGCAUAGUUAUCAUCAUAUUAACCUAUAUACUUAGCUUUUGUAUUAAUCCUUUUACAAUUAUCACUGCUUUUACUAGAAAAAAAACUCCUGCUUCUGAGAAAAACAGUAGAAUCAAAAAUAAUUCUUUUUAUGAAUUUUUAUCUAAGGAAUAAAUCAUAACAGAAUUAGAUAUUGCUGAUUACACUAUUUAUGUUAACUCUAAAGACACUUAUUUAGUUUAGAAAAUGAUUUAAAGAUUAGAAUAGUUAGAAUUACAAUUAGCAUAAAGAGAUAACUAAGAGCCAAAGAUGACAUUUCUAGGAUCUUAUUCCUACGAUUACAAAUUGAGUAAAAAAUUCAAAGAUAAAUUAAGAUGGUAUCAAGAUUUAAAAAUAUGGCGUUUAGAAUAAUCAAAAGCUUUGAAUAAGUAAUCGAAUGCUUAAACAAAUCAAAGAGAGAAUUCAAGCGAUUAAAAAUUAGGUUCUCAUAUACUUUCUAACUAGAUUUUAGCUUUGAAAUAAAAAUAAAUUUUAUUUGAAUCUUCAAAAAUUGUAGAGAAGUAAUAAAAAUAUUUCUAAGAAAUAAAAGAUUAUAAUAAAAAUUUAAAAUCACAGCAUUCAAUACUAAAAUAAAAUAUAAAAGAUCAAAAAAAGCAAUCCCCACCCACAUCAAUAUAUGCAGAUAAAAAUAAUACAAAAGACAUAAUUUUCUUUUUAAAUAACAGAUCAGUAGCUAAAAAUGCUGGUCAAAGUAACUAAAUUUUCGAAAAUAUAAAUUCAAACAAAAACAUAAAUUUAAAUUCUAAUCAAAAUAUAAAUAUAAAUUCUAACUAAAAUAUUAAUCUAAAUAGAGACUCAAAUGAGUUAUACUUUUUUUAACCUAAAUACAUAAAAUCAAUCUACAAUCAUAAUGAAAAAUAAAAUUAAUCAGUUGUUUAAAGCGAAUAGGAAUUAAAUUCUAAGAGCAAGCCCUCAAUAUUUGAUUUAGCUAUUUUAGGAAAAAAGUAGCAAUCUAUUUAUAAUAUUAAAUAAAACCAGUUAAACAUAACUCCUAAUUAAGAUGGCAUACAAGAAGAUAAUUCAAAUUUAGAAAUAAAUGACGAUUUAGAACAUAAAAGAAAAGAAAAUAAUAUGUAAUUUAGUUAAUAAGAAAAUGAUUCUACUUCUGUUGAUGAAAUCACUCUCCAUCAGAAACCUUAUUCUUUCCUAAUAAAAUUAUGA